UUCAACAUGUAGUUUAUGUGAUUUUUGAAUAAAGGUACAGUGUUUUGAGUUUCUAUAAGAUCAGUUGAGGAUGACCAAAGUUUAAUCAUGAUGCGGAAUAAAUGUAAAGUUAUAUUUUUAAAUCAUCAUCACAAUAUAAAUUGUGUGCAUACGCUUCAAACAAGAUGUAAAAAUACAAAAUACCAUCAAGCAGCUGUUGGUUCAUUUACUCAAGAAGCACCAAGUGUGCUCAAUCCAUAUCAAUGUGAUGGCUUGCUUAAAUCAUACCUACAAAGAAAUAUACCAAAAGAGCAUUUCCAACAUAUUUCUAUGGACCUGCAAAAUUUUGGUGAAACGAUUAAAAACGAAAUCACGGAGAUGGGUCAAAAAUGUGAAGCAAGUCCACCAACAUUAAAGCAAUAUGAUGCAUGGGGAAACCGGAUUAAUCAGGUUGAAACCUGUAAUGAAUGGAACCAAAUGAAAAAUAUCUCAGCCAGGGAAGGAUUAAUUGCUCAUGGAUACACACGUCAAUUUGGUAAAUACAGCCGGAUUUACCAGUUUGCAAAGUUGUUUCUAUUUUCUCCAUGCUCUGGCAUGUAUGCUUGUCCUCUUGCAAUGACAGAUGGAGCUGCACUGGUUUUAGAAAGAGUUUUAAAUUCAUCUGAAGAAAAACACAGCAUUUUGUUGAAAGCCUUUAAAUGUUUAACAAGCCCAAACCCAGAUACAUUUUGGACAUCUGGCCAAUGGAUGACAGAAAAAGCUGGUGGUUCAGAUGUUGCAAACGCAACAGACACAUUCGCUUAUAAACAAGAUGAUAAAACAUACAAGUUGUUUGGAUAUAAGUGGUUUACAUCAGCUACAGAUGCCGAUAUGGCGUUAACUCUUGCUAGAGUUGUAGAUAGGGAUGGUAACUCUCUUUCUGGUACAAAGGGUUUGUCGCUGUUUUACCUCGAAACACGGGACGAAGACAAAAAGCUUCCAUCUGGCUUAAAUGGAUUCCAAGUUGAAAGACUGAAGGAUAAACUUGGUACAAGACAACUUCCAACUGGGGAACUUUUAUUGGAUGGAACUGUUGCACAUAUGGUUGGUGAUCGCUCUAAUGGCAUUCGCUUGAUUUCCGGUAUGCUUACAGUUACAAGAAUACACAACUCUGUGUGGUCAGCAGCCUCAAUGAGACGCCUGCUUCUCCUAUCGAAAGAUUACGCAACAAAACGAAGUGCAUUCGGUUCAUUACUUAACGACCAUCCACUUCACAUGCAAACACUGGCAAGAAUGGAAAUAGAAAGUAGAGCUGCCUUUCUUGUUACAUUUGAAGUUGUUCGGUUGUUGGGUUUGAUUGAAGUUAAAGAAGGAAGUGAAAUAGAUAAUGAUAUGUUGAGACUAUUAACACCGCUUGCAAAGCUCUAUACCGCUAAACAGGCAAUUGCUGUUGCAUCAGAAGGAUUAGAAAGUUUUGGUGGAGCAGGUUAUCUUGAAGAUACAGGUCUGCCAUCAUUUCUACGUGACGCGCAAGUGCUAAGCAUAUGGGAGGGAACUACAAACGUACUUUCACUUGAUACACUUCGAGCUAUUGCUAAAUCUAAAGGACAGGUUCUCAAUUCAUUUUUUCAAAGCGUGAACAUCAGGUUAUCAUCAGUUACAGAUUCUGGAAAUAAAAAUUUGAAAAGCUCAGUUGCCAAAACCAGCAUUGCCGCUGGUGAUCUAAGGGCUUUUAUAAAUCAGACCUCAUCUACUGGCCACGAUUCUAUGUUUUUAGCAGCGAGAGAUUUCUCAUACAGUUUAUUUCGUAUAUAUGCAGCUGUACUAAUGUUGGAACAUGCAUCAUGGUGUGAUGCCUCAGCUGGUGAUGUUCAUGCAGCAAACAUGUGGUGUGGCCAAGAUUUGUCUCCAGCAACAACUAAUUUGCGGAGCGCAGCGUAUACUGACAAAGCAAAAGAACUUAAUAGAGAGCUAGUAUAUGAUUCAUAUCCAACUUUAUAGUUUUGGGUGUAACAAGAAUCGAAAAAAUACAAUAAACACAGUGCUAUAACCAUUCCAUAAAUGGUUUUAAUUAAAGGGAUUAUAAUUAAUUAUAGUGAGGUGGGGGAAGAUGGGACACCUUAGCACAAAAAUAUCCUGAUCGUGUUUUAAACAAUUAACAACGGUCUAUGAAAGUCGCAAGGGCAAGGUUUUAUAAUUCUUUGAAUGUUCUUUGUUUACUACCAAAAUGUACGAGAAAAUAGAAUGAAAAGGUGUCCCAUCUUCCCCAGUCCUAAUAUAUAUAAACUUUUGGAUCUUCAAAUUAAUUUCUACAUUUUUUUAGUUGUUUAAAAUUUGCAACAAAAUGAAAUGUUUGGCCAUUAUAGUCUGCUUUAUUGUGAUUACGUUUUCUCAAGCCAAAUAUAAACCAUAGUUUGAUGAAAAUAAUUCAUAAAAAAGAUUUGCAAAUAUUUCAUGUAUUACUCUGGGAUGGUGUGUUAAACUGUAAACUCACAAAUGUGUUUAAGUUGCCUUUGCUUUAAAGGAUUUUAUAAAUUUAACCAACGUUGUUUCUUUUGGAAAAUUAAUAAUAAUCAUACGAUGUUGGAAAAAAAAAAUUAAAAAGCAAAAUACCCAA